CACCGGGGUCUUCUGCGGUGCUUCGUGCCAAAUGAGUCCGAGAGAUGCCAAUGGCAUUUACUAUUCCUGAUUCUACAUCCCGAAUCCAGAAUAUAAAGAUCUCGCUUUGGAUCUGGAGGCGUAUUAUUAAAAUCUGCUGGGUUCUGGGGGAAUAAAGGUGUUUUUUGGCGUAAAAAAAGAGGUCGCCCGCUCUGGCUUCACGCUGUGGAUGAAGGAUUCUAGAUAGAUCUCAACGCAGACCCAGAAUGGAGAAAACAAACGGCGAAGACGUUCCAUCGAAGACAAAGAAGAAUGAAAACCGCAUGUCGUAUUCUGUGGAGACGCCCUACGGGUUUCACCUAGACCUCGACUUUCUCAAAUACGUCCAUGACAUCGAGAAAGGAAAUACCAUCAAGAGGAUUCAUAUCCACCGGAGGGCAAAGCAGUCCAAAUUUAGCACCCUUCCUCGUAAUUUUAGCGUGCCGGACAGUGGCUCGCAGUAUUACAGCUCCACCGCCAGUCGGACUUGGAGUCCCAACAGCUAUAAAGCGGACGUAAAAGAUGGCGGCGCCAUCACACCGAGCGAGUCGUCCCUGCGCCUUCGGUACGUUCAUGAGCUCAACUACAGAAGGAAAGAUAAUGCGCCGGAUGCUCCCAGGUCCGUGGGAGACGUCUGCCCUGAGGACUUCAGCGGCUGUAGAGAAAGACCCCAAUUUCUGAGAGCAACGAGUAUGCCGGCGACCCUUCCUCAAAGCACAAUGUCUUCCGAUCACACCCAGUACCUGAAGCUUCCACAAGCGGUCAACAGCCACGGCGAAAGCAGGCAACAGCACUCUCAAGAACCCCAACCGCCAUCGCAUACAGGCCCCCAUAACCAGAUCGCCGAAGCUCUUACACGGAUACAGGACCUCGAGAACCAGUUAAAAGCCAUUCCGGAACUGAAGAAGACCAUAUCGGUUCUCGAAGGGAAGAAUAACAUGCUUAGCACUCGGUUAAAAUCUCUUUCAGGACUCUUCACAGAUAAAAAGGAACGCGACGCUCUGGAAUUAACCGUUUCAGAAAGUGAACCCGGGGCUGGAGCCGUGGCCGUGGGAAAUGGAGAAAGUCUUGGACAACUGAGCUCUCCCGAGUUAAACGACUCUGUGUUUUCAGGUAUAGAAAGACAGAUUGCGGAUCUCAAGGACCGGUUACGAGACAGCACGAGGGAGCUACAAAACCUUAAGAUGUUGGUGGAGAAACAAAGUAAUGACAUCAAAGCAAAGGACGCGCACAUUGGCGACCUCGAAAAGAGGAUAGGCGAAAAAGAGGAGAUUAUCAACUCAGGGCGAAAAGUAGAAGCACAAUGCAGAGAUAUCGCAGUGAACACCGAGCGGGUACAGAUCAAGGACCUACAGGAGACAUGCGACCAAAGCAUGCAAGUUAACGUCAUGGUGGACACUUCCUCGGUGGGAUGCGGUGAGAUGACAGUGGAUCGAGAAGACUCUAGGUUAUGUGAGAACUGUGAAAGAAUGAAAAACCACAAAGGAGAGGCUUCAGACCAAUGGAUGGAGACGUAUAUUACAGAGGAUCCCAUGAAUGAUGGACAUUUGGUUUGCCUGGAAGAGGAAAGAAAGGAAGCCAUAAUAAGUGAUGGAAGCCAAGGUCGUACCGCGGAUGACCUGCUGGAGACGCAUGCUGGCGGAAGUAAAGCAAGUGGCUGUGAGCAAGUCCAAGCUGAAACGAAGGACUGCCCAGUGGAGAGCCAAGGUCCACCCGAUCCCUCAGUAGGGAAGUAUGUCCAGAGGAUCCAGGAUCUCUUGCAGGAACAGUGGACGUAUCUUGAAAAAGGAUCCCCAGAUCUAGCGAGUGCCGUGAAACAACCGGCAUCAAAGCUCAGCUCUAUCUAUAAUCAGCUGGUGAACACCCUGGAUUUACUAUCAUCCGUCUACUCAACGCAAAGCCCAUCGGAGAAGGAGAGUUCUCGGACGGGAAGCCAACCGUUGGCAGAAGCGUCCCCAAAAAGUAGCCUGAAAUCCAUAAUGAAAAAGAAAAGCAGCAGCUGCAGCAGCACAGGUGGUCACAAAACUCACACCAAGAAGAAUCUCCAGUUCGUCGGGGUCAAUGGUGGUUACGAAACCACAUCGAGCGAGGACUCCUCGGAAGAAUACUGCGCCCCCGACAACGAGAAGGAAGAGGCUUCGGCCCCGGCGCGCCCAGGCGAUGAUGGCAACAACCGAACGGACGACGCGCUAGAGCCGGACCCGGAGCGUAAACCGGGAGAUUCUGCGGAGUCUCCGGAACCCAACGUGUCCGAGACCCAACAAACCGCACAAAGAUUCGUGGUGAGCGACUCCUUUCGUCAUGAAUGCCAAAUACUGAGCAGUCACCUCGAAGAACUCCAGUCUACAACAGACAACCAGCUGAGACAAUCCUUAUACACCGUCUGCCAGGAAUGGUUCCGAGUCUCCAGCCAGGACUCCUCCAGCCCGGAUCUGGUUGCUGUGUAUCUGGAGGACUUGGAGUCCGUCAGCCCGCGGCUCUUACAGAUGGUGGUCAACAUCGCCGAUGAAAACGGGAACACGGCCCUUCAUUACAGCGUUUCGCACUCCAACUUCGGGAUCGUUAGACUCCUGCUGCGGACAGGCGUGUGUGAUGUGGACCAUCAGAAUAAAGCUGGCUACACCCCGGUGAUGCUCACGCCGCUGGCAGCCGCAGAAACCGAUGAAGAUAUGGAAGUGGUCCUGGAGCUUCUGAACAGCGGAGAUCUUAACCUGAGCUCGAGCCCGGGCGGACAGACGGCUUUGAUGCUGGCGGUCAGCCACGGACGCUCAGACAUGGUGAAAGUUCUGUUAAACUGCGGCGCUGACGCCAACUUACAAGAUAAGGACGGGGAAUCGGCUCUGAUGAUGGCCUGCCAGCUCGGCAGCUUGGAAAUCGUGAAGCUCCUGGCCGCUCGUCCCGAGUGUGACUUCGACCUGUCUGACCAGGUCGGGAACACAGCCCUGUCUAUUGUUCUGAAUUCUGCCCACACCGAGAUCGCCGAAUUUCUACAAGCCCACGCAGCCCUCCGCCAUUCCAGCCCCCCCACGGAAACCGAAAAAGGAACCUAAUUGUAAAUAGAAUUUGGGAACAAAAGCCCUUUUCUCCGUCUCUUCGUCUCACGGAGCAUUGGGGCCGAUUCUUGCAUUCUUUUUAGCGAAACUAUUUGCGAUAUAUCUAUACGUUUAUACUCAUAUACGGCCUUUAGAAUAAUCCAUUUUUGUCGUCGUUUCAUAUGCAAAUUUUUUUUUUUCCAUUGGCUUCUUCGGAAAAACGAUAAUCUCAGCGCAAACACAAAAAAAAGCAGCUUUACAGCAUUUACACGAUUAAUCACCAAGCAACGUUUUCCAGAAAAGAAAAAGAAAGGAUUCUCUUUAAAUAAUCGCAGAUCGUGAUCAAUGAGCUCUCCCCGAAAGAAAGGGAAAAAAAGCACAAACCGAGAUUUAUACGGAAAACGCUGAAAAAUUGGGAUUCGCGCUGGAACAUGUUUUUAUUAUAAAAGGAACGGCGUUUUAUUUUAUUUUUAGUGAAAAUAUUUUCAGGGACAAACAAAGUAUUAAAUGGAUCUUUUGUUUGAUACAUUCUUACCCAUAAAGCACACAGAGCUUUAAAAAAAAACUAUUAAGGCUUUUAUUAACACUAAAAGCGCCAAAGGCUAAUAAUUCAGGUUUUAAAUAAAAAAAAAAAACUCUUGUCCCGGCCAAGUAGAAAAUAGGAAAAAAUGUUCAUUAGGAACACUAAUUAAUAAAGCACAUUCACUAUUACUGAAUAAAAAAGUUCAAAAGCAGGAAGGAUAGCAUCCCCUUAACCCCUUCAUGACAAAGCCCAUACGUGUAUGGGCUCACAAUGCAUUGUUUUUAAUGGGUGUAAGGACAACCCAUUAAAGGGUUAAAGGCCUUUUUUUAGCUUCUCGGCUCUCAGGUGGCGACGCGUCCAAAAAUAAUUAAAAUUCAGCAUGUUUAAAAAUAAAUAAGGGCACUUUUCUUUAGGGGAAGCUGCAGCUCCGGAGCUGGAGUGCAGUACCCCCUCUGUGGCCACUGAUUAAAGCAGCCAAUCAUAUGAACUUUUAAAGGGACCGUUGGCUUUCAUAUACAUUAAACGUGUCUGGAAUGUGCGGUAUUUAAGCAGGUAUUUUUUAAGGUUAAAGUCGUUAAUAAGAAUAAGCCGAAGCACAACUGAUAACGGCGAAGAAUAAAUCCCGAGC